GUCAAAGAUGACAGCUGACUGGCCUUCGUCCAAAUAAAUAAAUCCCUUAACACAUUCCAGCCAGGAAAAAAAAACAACACAAAAACCAAAUUUCCAGUAUAAAUUCCAUGUAUUGCUGGUAUUUUUGGACAAAACAGAGUUCAUCCUUUGUCUGUAAAAGUCGAUGAUAUGGAGACAACGACCUGCGAGGCCCCGAAGGCCCCCGGUAUCGACAACUUACCAGAAGAAGUUUUAGAAUACAUUUUAUCGAAAAUAUCACCUUAUCAAGACUUACAUGAUUGUAUGUUAGUGUGUAAAAAGUGGCGAAGAUGCGUCAGAAAUGUCACCAAAACUAAACGAAGAGACUUUCAAAGGGCAAUAAAUGAGUUUGACAUUAAAUGGAGCAGAAGUACCCCUGAAGAGAACUCGCCUACCAUUAGCAGGAGGUAUUCGCAUACAGCGGUAGUUUCUGAAAAUUCAAUGUUUGUUUUUGGCGGAUGCACUUGUGCCAUGACCACUUUUAACGAUCUGUGGAAGUUGGAUUUGACCACACGGAAUUGGGUGAGGCCCCUUACCAUGGGGGCCUAUCCAUCUCCAAAAGCAUGCAGCUCUUUAAUUAAAUAUAAGGAUUUUUUAGUGCUCUUUGGUGGUUGGACUUACCCGCCAUCAUACCCACUUUAUCAAAGUUGGCAUCUAUUUAACGAACUGCACGUAUAUGACGUCACCGCGAACAAUUGGACGUGCAUAAUCAGCACUGAAAUAAGACCUCCACCGGUAGCGGGACACUCGGUCUCGGUAGUGGGCGAUUAUAUGAUCAUUUUUGGAGGCCUGCAAAAGCCGAGCAGCGCCGUGCAUUGUGAGAAAUCCAACGAUAUAUGGAAGUUGCACUUGGAUAGUUGGAGCUGGUGUAAACAGGAGGUGCAAGCUGGACCGAAACCUUCAGGUCGUUUUGGACAAACACAAGUAAUUCUGGACGAAAAAAACCUCCUGGUUUUGGGGGGUUCGGGGGGCCCUUGCAGCCAGUUUUGCGACUGUUGGGUCUUGAAUAUGGAGGGCCCCCUUUGGAAGUGGAUAAAAGUCGAAAUCGCCGGGAAGAAUAACGAGCCCGCCAAUAUUUGGAGCAAUCCCGGUGUUAAGAUAGGAGACAAAAUAGUGGUUUUGAACCGAAUAAGGGACACAGAAGAGUCACCUAUUGUGUACUAUCCGCGGAGCCAGUGGAACACGAGCGCACCCGAGGAUGGACGACUGUCUCGAAUAGAUUUGGCCAAUAGGAGGCCAGAUUUGGACGAAAACGUGAACGGCCGCAGGGGGUUUCUAAACAAAGUUUCCUCCCCAAGACGAGACGGUCACGAUGAGGAUCCGGCAGUUCCCGGACCGUCAGGAUUAAACUGUCUUAGGAUUCCUCACUCGCCUAGCCAAGCCCCGCCGCCGAUGGCCGCCUUUCACACACCCCCCUUACUGUCACCCCCUCAACGCAACUUAAAACGUGAAAAACGCCUGGGAAAACUACAAAACAUGGAGGAGAAACUACUGAAAAAAACCGCGCCGAAAAAGGAGAAGCGCACUUACUAUUUGGGCAUGUACGUCCUGGACAUAUCGAAGGUGUUGGACCGAAAGAAUCCGGUGGCGACCUGGCUACCGCCGAAAAAUGUGAAAAACGGCCCCGAAGAAUCGAUCCUUUACACCCUGGUCGAGGGCAAAGGUGAACUCGUGAUGUUCGGGGGCAUUUUAAAAGAUGCGAACUCGUUGGCGCCCUGCAAUUUGAGCAGUCAAAUUUCGAACUCGUUGCAUUUCGUCAGCGCGAACGAUUAUGUGAUAUAAUUUAUUUAUAAUAGCUAGUACAUAAUAUGUGUUUGCCAUAUUUUCGUGAGAGGUGACGUAUGAAAAACGACAAUAAAAGAAUAUGGUGUGUUGUACUGGGGAAUUGAACAGACACGCUUCUUGCCUUCUCGGAGAUUUUUUUUUUACUAGUUUUAGUUGUGAAUAUAUCUGUGACAUAUAAUGAGAAUUUAUAAGUAAAUAUGCUGUUAAGUAUAAUGUUGUUGUAUUUGAGUUAUUGCGUUGAGAUGCACUGAAAUUUCAAAAUUUUGUUAAUUAAAUGGACGACUUUUGUUAGUCCAGGUACAUCAUGA